AUGAGGACUCCGACAUUCGACAUUGAUUUGAAUAACAUGUCAGGAGAUGAUGAAGGUAUGAAUGCCUAUAUUCCUUCACCAUUUACACCUCGUGAAGGCACAAACGCAUAUAGCUCCGAUGCUAGAUCUUCAUUUACUCCUGAUCCUCCACCAUCGGUCGACUCUCAUGGUACUACCUCUUCAAAGGGAACCAAAAGAAAAGCUCCUAUGGGAGAUCUAUCUACCAAUCAGCUUGAGGUAAUGGAUGUCAACAUGAGUAUAAUGACAUCAAGUAUAGAGAAAGGUAAUGUGAUUGCUGAACUUUCUGUCAAGGCUAUGGAGAAAGGAAAUGGGAUUAAAGAGAGGUCUUUGGUAAUUCUCGACCAUCAGAAGACUCACAUCUACAAAGAGGGCGAAAUUUUCCAAGAAUUGCAACGCUAUGAUAUUCUUGGAGAAAUGAGGUUGAAUGGCUAUAAGUAUCUUGCAAAAAAUCCAGAUACCAGACGGGUUUUAUUUGGCUUGCCAGAAGAGUAUCGACAACAGUUCAUUGUUGAUUUGGCAAAAAAACAAACCUUUUGGCAAGUUGACUUUUGA